ACGAUAACACAACUAAACCACAACAAGAUAUUAUAAUGAAAUUCGACGCAAUGCAGUAUCACGGAAUAAGAUUAAUAUAAUAACCGUUGGUUGUUAUUGUUUCUUUUUGUCCACCGUCGUCGCAUAUUACUCUGACUCGUCGGUUUCGAAACCGGUGGUUACAACGGCACUGAUAUACAAUACCCGGUACGCUACCCGUUAAUGCGCACCCGUUUUUCGUUGUACGGCACAACGCGCUCGUUGGCAAUCCUCACCUACCGACUUCACCAUGAACAGCAGCGAUAGCGAUGAUCUGACCGAGGAAUUUCUAACAGACGAUACCCAAAACUUUCUGUCCCAAGGACAAGAUACUAAUGAUGGUGUUGAAAUGAUUACAUUGGACAAUACAGAUGACUCAUCAAAUCAGGGAGACGUUUAUGAACUAAAAUAUGGUAAACCACUUCGCGAACAGGAUAGAUUUCUUCCCAUUGCUAACAUUGCUAAAAUUAUGAAAAAAUCUAUACCAGACGGAGGAAAAAUUGCAAAAGAUGCAAGAGAAUGUGUACAAGAAUGUGUAUCCGAGUUUAUAAGUUUCAUAACCAGUGAAGCAAGUGACCGUUGUUUCCAAGAAAAACGAAAAACUAUAAAUGGAGAAGACAUUCUGUAUGCAAUGUCCAAUUUAGGUUUUGACAACUAUGUAGAACCCUUAAAAAUAUAUUUGCAAAAAUACAGAGAGGCUACUAAAGGAGACAAGUCAAUUGGAAUUGAAGAAUUAUCUGACGAUGUAUUUUCAAAUGAUGGAAAUUACACAAAAAUAUUUGGACAAAAUAGUCAAAAUGAAUCAGUCAUUUACUACCAAGAUCCAAUUCCACAAUUCCAUAUUGGAUAAUAGCUAAUACAUUUUGUAUUUUUUUUUCUGUGAUUUAAUAUUAUGUACCUAUAAAAAAAAAA